CCUGACCUUCACGGAGUGGUUUCGAGUUUUUGAAGCGCUGUUGGAAGAAUAUGGCUGUUGCAUCAAAAAAAGAUGAACCAUCUGGUGGGAAGACGUCACCAGACGCGUUCAUACCUCUUUAUCCACCUCUCGGGAAGCCUGCUGAGCUACCAGAGUUUAUACGCAGUGGAAGAACCGUUGCGUUCGCCCUUUCGCCUAGGGCUAAUGGCUUGGCCAUCUUUGAAACCCUCAAAAACCCGGCGAAGGUCGGGAAGAAGCCCUCUGGUUCAGUGUUGUAUUUCGCACAGUGGGACAGUAUAAGGCCGGAUGACGUUCCAUUCUUCACAGAUUCAUAUGUGACAUUCGAGUCUCUUCAGCGGGUAGCAUUCGUUCAACAAGAGAAUGAGGGCAUACCGAUAAGGAGCCCGCAGAAUAUAACGAACUGUUGGAGAAUGCUUAGAGUGUAUGUGGACAAUCUUCAGGCUCAUGUUGAGCGUCUCGCUAAUGCUGAGACGUUUGAUGUGUCUCGGUACCUUCACUUCACUGCCCUCUCAUCAACCGUCGAUCUCUUCCAGUCCGUGUAUACCUCCGAAUCAGGCAACACCACUACUGCAUUGUUUGGUGAAGAACUGUUGCUUUGGCUUAACAUGAAUUACGUAGCUCCAAGUAACGAGGAAGGGCCUACUCUGAAUUCGUACGAAAAGCCGUGGCUUGCGGAUGAGUUCUGGACUUUUGUCCUAAGAUGUAUUCUCCGUGGUCUUUCUAAAUCAGCCAUCUAUUUUCUUGAGCGACUCUCGAAUUCUCAUCCAUCAAGAAUCCUCCGACGACUCGCUACUGAGCUUGUCCCUUUGUUACAGAAGCAUCCUCGUUCAUUGAAUUACGAUACAGAGCACGCGUUUCUCACUGCCCAUCGAAGGUGGAGGGAUACUAUGCUGAAAAACUUUAGACGACAUGUCGAUGCGCUUGAUGAAAAUGAAGGGAAUGGCGAGGCCAAAGAUGAAGGGGAGUGGAGGAGCGCGAUUGACAUCAUCUGUUCUAUCCUAGAAGGCGACAAAAAUACAUUAUUUCAGAUCUGUAAGGACCAAGAAUGGGGAUGGAGGGAAGCGCUUGGGGUUUGGGGAGUUUGGGUCGAUCCUCGGUUUACCAGAGAGGAUUUGGCUUCUACCGUCAUUCACAUCAUCGAGAACCUGCCACUUAAUCCUGACCAGCCUGACGAAUUGAUCCAAACUGCUCUGGCCUCUUAUGACAUUACUAGUGUUGUCGAGGGCGUUCGCAAAUGGGACAUUUGGCUUGCCGCUCACCUUAUUGACAUGUUUGACAAGCUAGGCGAGUUGGAUGGUCAGAUGGAGACUGGAACGCAAGAUUCGGGUUCAUGGUCAAUACGAACGUCUGUGCUUGUUGCAUAUGCGAUGCGCCUUCAUUCAGACCCGACGCUCUGGCGGGUCACACUAGAAUACCUCGCUGCAUGUGGUGCAGAAGGGAAAGCUCUGGUUGCUGAAGUGCUGCGACGUGUUCCUGUUGACAUCGAGCUGCCCUCACCGAAGGGGAAAGAGAAGGAACAACCCAAUGGUCCAAUAACCCCGUCAAAACCAAAUGUGAAUGUUGGGGCUCGGGCAUGGAAGUCGAUGGUGGAACUGCCGAUGCUGAGAAGGAGGCGUGGACAAAAGCUACUUCUGUCAAUAUGCAAGUCUGUAUCUCAUGCAUUAAUGCGGAAAGGGAUGUAUGGGAGAGCUGUGCAAUACUCAGUGCUAGCGAAGGAUGCCCGCGGCGUAAGUCGUAUAGCAGACCUACUUUUACACGAGUACAUCACCAAAGGCGCAGAUGAAUUCCGCAGCCAGGUAGCGAACAUACCAUCAGAGUACCUUCCUUCCCCUACAGCGUCGCUGAACCUAUCCCAUGGGCGCACUAACGACGUCUUCACUAAUCGUCUUCAGUUCAUAUCCCGAUAUGCCCACUUCCACCAACUCUUUGCGGAGGGCGAAAGAAGAGAGGCACUGAAGUACUUGGUAGGCAUGUUGUCUGGAGGGGUAGUUCCCAGGUAUUGGUGGGGGGUUGUGUUAUUGGAUGCGGGUGGCAUGCUUGAUGAUGAGGAUCUAUUCUUGACGACGGUCGAGGCUUAUGAACUGCUUCGGCAUCUCGAAGACAUCUACAUUCACGCAGAGCAAGGGCUUGGACACGAGUACCUUGGGGCGCUUGAAUCAAUCAUGCACGGGGAACAUAAUCUACCCAAAGAUGCUGAGGGGCGAAAAGAAUCUACCGAAAAUGCUCUUCGACAGUUGCAAAUAGUAAGACUCGCUCUUGCUCGUUAUCUUGCACGAUGCACUGUUGCAGGGCAUCGUUUUUAAUGACGUGUAAUCGUCUAAUGGCCCUGCUCAAAUCCAGUCAUCUUUCUGCUUCAUGACAUUAAUGCCGUUCAAAUGCAUUCUCAUGGUCAGCCAGACAUUUGGCUCUGUGCUAUUGAAAAGUCCUAUGAUGAACGAGUCUGGGCAUAGAUAAUGGCAUGGCUUCCCAAACCGUUUCGUGUUGGGUGGAGUUUUCUGCAGGAAAUGGAAACUUGAGGGCCGACCACGGGAGGGUAGAGGGAACGUUAUGAAUCGUCGUCCUGACGAACCGCCUUAGGAUUCAGCCUUCUCCACCCCCCUGGAAAGUAUUAACGGGCAGCCCGCAUUAAUUUAUUUAGCAUUGUACUAUACACAAUAUAGUGACAGCGCUUGCCAUCG